AUGGCCACAAUUUUCUCUCCAUCCGCCGUCCUUUCCGCAACCACCACCACCGCCGCCGCCAAGAUCCCGCCGUCACCCAAGGCCAACCUCAUCCCCACACCCCACAAACCACAAAGCACCCUAGCCACCACCCUAACCGCCGCCGCCCUAGCCACCACGAUCCUCACCGCGCCGCCGCCGCCCUCCCUGGCGGCCGACGCGUACAAGCUCUACUACGGCACCGCCGCGAGCGCCGCGAACUACGGCGGGUACGGAGGAAACUCGGACAAGAAGGCCUCCGCCGAGUACACGUACGACGUCCCCGAGGGUUGGAAGGAGAAGCUGGUGUCCAAGAUCCAGAAGGGCACCAACGGCACCGACAGCGAAUUCUACAACCCCAAGAAGAAAUCGGAGAAGGAAUACCUGACCUUCCUUGAGGGCUUUCCUCGAUUGGCCCCAAAGGAGGUCAUCCUCAACAACCUGGCACUGUCCGACGUGGAUCUGCAGGACCUGAUUGCCAGCGCCGACCAGGUGGAGUCGGAAGAGAUGAAGGACGACAAGGGACAGCUGUACUACGUGUACGAGAUUAACGGGGCCGUGGCCCACAGCCUCAUCUCUGUGACCUGCGCCAAGAACAAACUGUACGCCCAUUUUGUGAACGCUCCCACCCCUGAGUGGAACAGGGAUGAGGAGAUGCUCAGGCACAUUCAUGAGUCUUUCAAGACGGUCGGUUGA